UGAAAGAUGUUCACUGUAGAAACAGUUCAUUAAGCACAAAUGUGUCUGUUUUUUCAUCAGACAAAGUGCUAUACAUCCAGAGCAGCAUGCAAAGUGCAUGUAAUCCUAUGGCAAAAAUCAGGCUUAUUCGGAUUUAAGUCUGGAAGGGUAUAAUCUCCUGACCUUUCCUUUCCAGACCAUCGGGGUUAUUGAUUUUAGAGAAAAUUCAAUCUCUGUUUAGUUCGGUGGCUUAGCUGCUUAAAUUGGCUAUACCUAGUAAACAGGAAAGCAUAUGGUUAAAUCCCAGCAGUUCCAUAUUUUGGACUCUAUAUCCAUGAUCAGAAGGUCUCCAGUUCAACUCCCAUGCCCGUUAGAGUGAUUUUACUAUUUGGUCACUUUGGAUAAAAGCUUCAAGUACAUGUGAAAGUUAAUGUUUCAAUGAUUAAUGUGGCUCUCGCCGAUUUUAUACACACUGCGUCGCUGUUCCAUAAUAAAUCACUCAUGAGCACUAUGCAGCUCACGAGAAAUUACGUCUUUGGACACAACUGAAGCACAACCUCCUCCAGUACGUUAAAAACACUCCGCGUGGUCUUGUGUGUAAGAAGGUGACACCGCUGUGAGAUUAUUUAAGCAUCGAUAUAGUGUUUUCGACGACUUCGCGAUCGCUGCAAUGACGUUGCGCUUCAACCCGAAGCCAAAGGAAAGGUACGUUUCCGCUUUGCUGGUAUUUUGCGGGAUGUGGAAUGCAGCUUUGUCCGUGACUCGUUACUCUAUUCCCGAAGAAAUGGAGGAAGGAUCAGUUGUAGCAGAUUUAGCUGUUGAUUUAGGAAUAGAUGUCAAUGAUUUGCAACAACGUGGUAUAAAAUUAGACAUAAUCCAUAGCAAGAAAUACUUGGAAAUCAACAAAGAUAGCGGAGAACUAUAUAUUUUAGAGAGAAUUGACAGAGAAUACUUAUGUCCCGUGAAAACAUGGGAAUUCUAUGUUCCGUGCCUUCUUAAACUAGACGUAAUAAUCGAAAACCCUUUGCGUAUCUUUAAUAUAGAGUUGGAAAUCACAGAUAUUAAUGAUAACGCACCACAGUUCCGUAGAGAUAAGGUGGAAUUGGAUAUAUCAGAAUCGGCUACACCAGGAGAAAAAUUCUCUCUAACUAAUGCAGUGGACCCGGAUAUCCGACCGAACUCAAUUAUAACGUAUAAUUUGAGUGAAAGCAAACACUUCUCAAUAGAAAUUCAGUCGGGAAUCGAUGGUGCUAAGUACGCCGACUUGGUUUUGAAAAAGCAUCUUGAUCGGGAAGAGCGAGCUGUACACAAUCUCUUACUCACGGCCGUAGACGGCGGCGUUCCUGUGCGCUCAGGUACCGCCAGCAUCAUUGUGCGCGUGUUAGAUGUUAAUGACAACGCCCCUCGGUUUGAUCGGGAAACAUACACGGUGAACAUCACCGAAAAUGCCCCUAUUGGCACUCUGGUUAUCAAGUUAAACGCCACAGAUUUAGACGACGAUACAAAUGCUGAGAUAGCAUAUUCUUAUACCCUGUAUACGUUUGAAAAGACGCAGGAGAUGUUUUCGCUCGACUCCAACACGGGAGAAAUAAAGCUAAAGGACGUCAUUGACUUUGAAAAAAUAAAAAGUUUCGAAAUGCAUAUUCAAGCUAAAGAUAAAGCAUUAAGCCCCCUUUCAGGACAAUGUGAAGUAAAGGUGUUUGUGACAGAUUUAAAUGACAAUUAUCCUGAAAUAACCAUUCAGUCAUUUAAAAGCGCUAUAAAAGAGAACGCUGCUAUAGGAACAGUAAUAGCGCUUAUUAGUAUUAGCGACAGAGAUUCGGGUGACAACGGCAAAGUUGACCUUUCAAUGAACCAACAUUUACCCUUCACACUGAAUAAGUCCUCAGAAAGCCAUUUCACACUGGCUGUGUCAGAACCUUUGGACCGUGAAAAAGUUCCAGAGUAUGAGAUAACUUUUAUAGUGACAGACAGAGGUUCACCACCCUUGUCCAAUAAUGAAACGAUCGCAUUGGAGCUGCUGGAUGUGAAUGACAAUGCACCAGUCUUCCCACAGUCCUUCUACACCAUUCCAGUGAUGGAGAACAAUGCACCAGGAGCGAUGUUGAGCUCAGUUGCAGCUUAUGAUCCAGACCUUCAUGAAAAUCAGUAUCUCGUGUAUUUUAUUACGGAGAAGGAAAUCGCGAACACCUCUGUGUCGAUGCUAUUUUCUAUUAACCCAGAAAAUGGAAAUCUGUACGCACUAAAGACUUUUGACUAUGAGAGGGAGAAGGAGUUCCUAUUCCAUGUUGAAGCCAGGGACUCCGGCGUCCCUCCACUCAGCAGUAAUGUGACCGUCCACAUCGUUAUUUUGGACCAGAAUGACAACAGCCCAGUCAUAGUAUCACCAUGGCAUACACAAGGCUCCAUGGCUGAAGAGGUGAUCCCGAGAUACACAGAGAAAGGGUCCCUGGUUGCCAAAGUGGUCGCCCUUGACAUUGACUCACCACAGAAUUCAAGAAUCACAUACCAGUUUCUCCAGAUACCUGAUGCUACUUUAUUCAGCUUGGACCGAUUUAAUGGAGAGAUCCGGACAAUGAGGAUGUUCAGCUACAAAGACCCCCGACAUCUGCGGCUGGUGGUUGUUGCCAAAGACAAUGGCAACCCUGCUCUCUCUGCUACUGUUACCAUCAAGCUGUCAACUGCAGAACAAGUGGUCAAGGCUAUUCCUGAAAGCACACAAGUGCCUUUGGAAUAUGAUGUGUUUUCAGAGGUAAAUCUGUAUCUGGUGAUCGGUUUGGGCUCAGUGUCAUUUUUGUUAUUGAUUACGAUUUUGGUGAGCAUCAUAGUAAAGUGUCAGAAACCGAAGACCACCAAAGCCCAUGCUGUUCCUCCUGCAUGUAGGAAUACCUUCAUUCCCCCGAGGAACCCAAACAUAACGGACUCAACCUUAAUCUCCAACGAUGCUUACUGGUACAGCUUGUUUUUGGCGGAAACCAGAAAAGGGAAGGUGGUGAUCAGACAGCCAAUUCCAAAGGGAGCUGGUUACAUUGUUUCCAGUAUGCCCCAAAGUACGGGCCAGACGGAGACCAGUGAGUCAACAGCGUCCACCCUACAAUAUUCAGAAUGAAAGGAACUCCGUUUUGCUGUUGCAGGAAUCCAGCAGUGACCUGCCGUGAUGUCAUCCAUUCUUCUCUUGGAGUGUUGCCAGGACGACGUGAAAAGCCGGAAAGUUCCUGCUACGUUCUCAUCCAUGGACACAGUCACCUGACCUCACAAAUGCAGCCACCCAUUAAACAUUCUUUUCCACGAGCAUGAAUAUGCAUGCAUACAAGAACAGAGUGGAUUUCUAUAUGUCACAAUUAAUGGAAAUAACUUUUAAGGAAAAUCAGUUGUCUUGUUUUUUUAAUAAAGCGGGGUGUUAAUUACAAUGUUCAUCUGCCCCUCACCCUUUCCAUCUCCCCAAUCCACAACUGAAUUUUCUUGAUCAUCUUCACACCUGAGGCCACUGCAGGUGUGUCUGGACAAACAGAGACAGGAAAGGAAAGCAUUUCGUCAUGCUGCAUGUGCAGCUGUGCAUUUUGGGCCAUUUAAGAAGCAUGUUCUGACCAGCCAACUUUGGUGACAAGGAAAAGACAAAAAACACAUACCCGUAAUUCAUGAACACAUAUGCACACAAUCUCAUAUGCACAAAAUAACAUUUGAAGAAAUAGGUAAUAAGGAGGAACGUAGCCACACAGUACAAUAAGGGUUUGAGCCCCUCACCCCUCAGCAGACACAUAGCUCGGUAGUAAAAUAACAAAGUUGACCACACCUCAAAAUUUGUCAAACCCCCCCAAUUAAUUUCAGCCUGUGUUACAGUCACAUUACAGCAAAAACAGUGUGAAAUAUAACAUUCUAAUAGCAGGUUUAAUGGUUGUGUCAUUUUGGGGAAUAAGCACAUUGCACAAAGAUGUAUUAUUUUUUUUUACAUUGUUACCUUUAUAUAAACCAAAAAAGUUCAUUUUAUAAUUCCUAAUGUUGUUUUGUGUUCAAUCUAUUGAUAAGUCCUUUAUGUAUAGUAUUAUAGUGGUGAUGCAAUAUAUAGUGACUAUAACUAUUAUGAAAAAGAAAUUGUUUUGUGAACAGUAUAGCACCACAUCUGUUGUGAAAUGACUGUGUUUUUUCAGUGAUUUGUAGUCUUGGUGAGUAGCUUUUUUUCUGUGCCAUUCUGAAGAACUGAAGGAACAUAAAUAGAGCAUAUGUACUGCAUUAAAUCAUUCCAGAGAAACUGACGCAUUUAAAGCACACCUUUAGAGACAAAUCCAGGUGCUGCAGCAUACUCACACAGUGUGGGUGUUCAUAUGUACCAGUGAUUAUACAGAUCCUGUCUCCCCUCCCCCUGCUUCACUGGCAAACCCCUGCUUCACUGGGCUUAUUGUAACUUCCCAGAAAGUGCUAUAUCUCAUCCAAACAUCACUCAUUUUCAUGGAAAUGUUUUAAUGGCUUUUAGACCACUGCUUUAUGUCAGCUAUGGUGAGCAGUUUUUAGCUACAGCUAUGCAGAAAAACAAGAAAACAGAAGGUGAACAAAGAAAAGAUCAGACUGAUCUUGGUCUUCUCUGAGAGCUACUUACGAUAGAUAUGAGCUCUAAUGCUCAAUGCUUACAUACUGCUUAUAUAAUAAGCUUUUUAUUUGUGUUUUGUAUGAAACUCUGACAUUUCAGCAUCAGAGGCCCAAAGUCCAGCUUUAUAAAAUACACGCCUCCCACGUGGAUUAUGACUUAAACCAGCUCAACUGCAGGUUGGAGAGCAAGCCUGGUUUUUUCAUGCACUUACCGUUUUGAGUCUUCUCUGUUUUGUAAAUAGUCCUCCAUUAAUACUGUUGCUCCUGCUGGCUAUUUGUGUAUAAGGCAGUGUGAAUAAAGGUUUACAACUGUAA